AUUGUUUUUUUAUCUCUUCAUCAACAUCAUCUGGUUCAUACUAACCCAAUGAACCCAUUGGCCUAAUCUCUCUUUUCCGCAUGCCGACAAAUUCCCACAACCAUAAAAGCCCUUCCUUUCCUUCUCUCCCAAUAAAUUUCAAAUUGUUCUUCUCUUUGUUUAAUCUUUAGCUUGUUUGUUCGUUCGCUCGUUCCUCCUUAAUUUCUUGAUCAAUAUUUGGUUUAAUUUAGGUAGCUAGGUAUCUGUGGCUAGCAAGGAAAUAUUUGGUUGCUUGAGGAUGAAAAACCCAGAAUCAAGGCUGCCACCAGGAUUUAGGUUUCACCCUACAGAUGAAGAGCUCAUCCUUCACUACCUUGUAAAGAAGGUGGCCUCCACUCCCUUACCUGUUUCCGUCAUCGCUGAAGUUGAUAUCUACAAGUUUGAUCCAUGGGAAUUGCCAGCCAAAGCUGCGUUUGGUGAGAAAGAAUGGUACUUCUUCAGUCCAAGAGAUCGCAAGUACCCGAAUGGUGCGAGGCCAAACAGGGCUGCCGCAUCAGGGUAUUGGAAGGCAACUGGAACCGAUAAGACGAUUGUGGCACCAUCAGGAGGGGGGCAGAACGUUGGUGUGAAGAAGGCUCUUGUGUUCUACAAGGGGAGACCCCCUAAGGGAAUCAAGACAAACUGGAUCAUGCAUGAGUAUCGCCUUCCAGAAAACCCAAAUAACCACACCACCACCAACCACCACCACAGAGUCAUGAAGCUCAAAGAUUUAUCCAUGAGGUUGGAUGAUUGGGUUCUUUGUCGAAUCUACAAGAAGUCGAAUGUUGGGACUUCAGCAGUGGCACUGCCAAGUGAUCAAAACCAAGAAGUUCAAGAAGAAGAAGAUUUCCUCCACGAUAUCCUUUCCCCAAGCUUGAAAAGUCCCUUUACCAGCCUUGAUCACAACAUGAUGAGUACCAGUAAUACUAGCAGUCUCAAGCCUCAGAAAUCUUGUUCCUUCUCCAACUUACUAGACGCCAUGGACUACUCAUUACUCACCAGUAUUCUGGCGGAUGGCCAAUACUCUAUCCCAACUGGAACUGGAUUUCAAUCAACGACUCCUAAUAAGUUUAGCUAUAGCUGUACCGGGAGUAGUAGUAUCGGUUUAGACCCGCAACUGCUGUUCAAUACCGAUAUUAGCAGCAGCAGUCAUUUGCUUCAAACUCUCCCUCAAUACAACGGUUUGAACUUGCCAUCAUCAGCUCCAAGCACCGAAAACCGGCUCAAGCGCCAGCAUUCCGUCACAGAUGAUCGUGGCGUGUUAUUAUGUCCAUCGAAGAAAUACGUAAAUUCCAACUGCAGUUUCACUAACACCGCCAAUUCAUUCUUGAAUCAGCAAUUACUUCUGAGUAGUCCUAGUUUUCAUUUUCAAGAAUAAAACCAUAUAAAAGAAAGAAAGAAAGACGAGAAUAAUUACGGACGGUCGAACCUGCCAAGCCUUGGUCAAGCUGUUUCGUAUGUAUCAAUAGUUCACAACAAAAGAUGGCACAAAUUUAAUUACUGAAAGGAGUUUGGUUUUUUGUAUAUGCAAUCUGGCAAUCUGGCAUGGCAUGCAUGAUGCAUGGGAGAUUGAUCCUCGAAAACAAUACAAUAUUAAUUAAUAUGGGUUCAAUUGGCAGAUCA